AUGUACACAAGCAACAGCAGCAACAGCAGCAGCACAGCGACAACGACUACUGCAGCUGGGACGACAGCUGCGGACAUGUUUGGGCUGGACGCUGCUGUGGCGUCGGCGGAGGUGGGCACGGUGUAUGUGCUGCAGUACAGCGUGCACGACCGGGCGGGCAACGCCGCUGUCGGUGUGCAGCGGGCGGUGGUGGUGGUGGACACGACGCCGCCCGAGGUGACGCUGUAUGGCGCGGAGGAGGUGCACGUGCUGUAUGCGACACGGUAUGUGGAGGCCGGGUACAGCGCACAGGAUGUGCACGACGGCAACGUGACGUUGCAGGUGGUGGUGAGUGGGGCCGAAGCGAUUGACGUGCACGUGGCGGGGACGUACGAGGUUGAGUACGCGGUGACGGAUGCGAACGGCAACACGGGUGUCGCGGUGCGGACGGUGGUGGUUGAGGCGCUGAUGCGACCGGAGCGGGCGGACCAGGUGGUGGAGCUGGUGCUUGCAGGCACGGCGGAGUCCAUCUUUGGCGGCGACGUGCAGCAGCUGGAGCGCGACCUGGAGGAGGCGCUGAAUGUGGACUUUGUGGUGGUGUUUCUCGUCUACGACAAAGCCCUCGGUCGCCCCACCACCGACAUCAACACAGUCCCACAGCAACAACAAGGGAGGAAGAGAAGGAGAAGCAGCGGUGGCAGCAGCCGUGACAGCGACAACAACGACAACAACUACAGCGACUCCGACAACGCUUGGAUCCGUGGACGGCGUGGGCUGUUGGCGCAGCCAUCGACGGUGGUUGAGUUUGGGGUUCGCAACGGCACCAGCUUGGAGUGGGUCCCUGCGGAAGGUGUUGCUGCGACCUUGACUGAAAUUCGCCGUGCUGGCUCGUCGUCCUUGCCCAUCAGCUCUGCGCGCUCCACGGGCGAUGAAGCGGAGGCCGGGCUCCCGCUCCCCAUCAUCAUCGGUGCUGCAGCAGGCGGCAUUGUUCUCAUUGUGCUCAUUGCUGUCCUCGUGUCGCGUCGUCGGCGCUCGAAAGCGGCGCCAGCGUCCAUAUCUGGGGGCAUGUUUCCCUUCCAGCACUCAGGGACGUUUCAGGAGAGCAUUUACACUGUGGCUGGCGAGGGCGCGACGGUGCCCAUGCAAGAAAUCAAUUUUGGCAAGCAGCGCGCCGCGCAGCAGAGCUACAACCACAACCACAGCCAGUACCCGCCACCACCACCCACAAACGGCGGAGAUUUGUACGGCACGCCAACGAACCUUCCUGUUGUGAACGGCAUGGUGGAUGGGCAGGUGUCGGAGUCAAGCCUGUACCACGUGCCAGGCCACCCCGAGGAGGUGCUGGCAGGACGCAAGACGCUGGUGCUGCAGCAAGGGGUGAACGGCGGGUUGCCAGGCGCCGUGUCCACAGAUGGCGAUGGCGAAUUGUACGAUACACCGCGCAGCAAGCCCCGUGUGCCGGACAAAGCAGGCAGCAUGCGUGGUGCCCCUGUCACUGCUGAUGACUACUACGGCAGCUUGGUGCACCCUGGCCAGCGCAACCAUGCCAUGAGCAAUGCCGGUGCUGGUGCUGGAACGGAUGUGGACGGUCAGGACAUGUACGAUGUGCCCCGCAACAAGCCUCGCGUGCCAGAGAAGUCAGCAAGCAUCCGCAAAGCCGCGGAGGCGUUGGGUGACGACUACUACGGCAGCCUCAUGCAUCCUGACCAGCAAAACGGCAGCAUGAGCAAUGCUAGUGUUGGUGGUGUUGGUGGUGAAAUGUACGAUGUGCCUCGCAGCAAGCCGCGCGUGCCUGAGAAAUCAGCAAGCAUUCGUGGCACGGUCACAGCUGAUGACUUUUAUGGCAGCCUGGUGCACCCUGGUCAGCGAAGCAGCAGCGUGAACAACGCUGAUGGCAAUGGUAACGGCGAUGACGGUGAUAUGUACGACGUGCCUCGCAACAACCCACGUGUGCCCUCGCGAGCACAGGCUGCCACAGCAACAGCGUCCGUAGCAGAAUCAGGUGUGGACGAUCAGGAAAUGUACGAUGUGCCUCGAUCAGCACCCCGUCUUCCGGAGAGAACAGCAACCAUGACGUCACGUGCCACCAUCAGCGGCGAUGGGGCCGAGCAACCGGAAGACCAGGAGCUGUACGAUACGCCGCGCGCUGCGCCGCGCCCCAAACCACGAAUGGUGCUGGAACAAGCAGAUGCCGGCGACGCCGUCACCGACGACCAAGAGAUGUACGACGUGCCGCGGAGCAAGCCGCGUCCGCAACCACGCCCGCGCAAACCAACACUCACGCUGGACACCAACGAGUACAGCGCCCUGCCAACAGCCCGCCCCACAAACCCCUCUGCUCCCAGCAGCACCAACGACGUCGCGCGCGGACUGCCGAUGCAAGAAACGGGGGAGGAGCUGUCGUGGUCGGAGCGCUCGCGCACACUCCGCCGCCCGCCGCGAACAGACAAUCGCGUGUUGGACAUGUUCUCCAGCGGCGAUGGUGGCGAUGGCGGCGGUGGUGGUGGUGGUGACCACGUGGACAGCAGCGCUACAGGCCGGCGCCCGACGGCCCGUAGCCGCCCGCUGACGAGCGGAGAUGAUGACCCCAUGCGAGUGCAGGCACGCGCCCUGCCGGGUUACAUUGGCGAAGCAAAUCGCAUGCUGGCAGAGCAGAAGCUUGCAGGAUCGGCGCUGGGCACGUACUUGUGGCGGGUGAGUGCAAGCCGGGCUGGUGCAGUGCUGUCUGUUGUUGGUUCGCGACGGACUGUGCACCACAUGUUCACGCAGGACGCCAGCGGCAUGAUUCUGAUGAACGACAAGCCGCUGUCGCAGCCGUGCUACGACCUGCAGAGCGCGGUUGCGCUCUUGCACUCGCACCAGGAGCAGAUGUCCUCCCAGCUGACGACCCCGCUGGCACAGGCGCCUCGCAGGGUGGUGGCAGACACACACACGUGGCUGCUGCCUGGACUCGACCGAGCUGCUGCAAAGGCGUUGCUGCACGACACGCCCGAUGGCACGUUUGUGGUUACGCCGACAGACAGCAGCCACUUUACGCUGUUCCUCUCGUACAACUUUGAUGUGUCGUCACACCGCCUCUCGUACGGCAGCCACGGCUGGGUGCUGCGUCAGCAGUUUGUGCCGGCAACGACGCUUGAGGAGUGUGUUGCCGCGCUGCACGACGCGUCGUACGGCCUCCCCUGUGUGCUCACGGGGCCACCACACCAGGACGCCAUGGCUUGA